CAGCAGAGACUUACCGGAGCGUGCUGCAGCGACUGCUGGGCUUGCAAGGCGCGAUUCAAGAGGAAUUUAAGCAGUCUAGAGCGCCACAGAAAAAAAGAGCGUGAGAGAACCAUACACGGAGACGGCUUAACCGUUUAUCCGAAUUAAAUAUAUGUACAUAUAUUUAUUUACAAAGAACUGUUGAGUUUUAUCAUUUUCGCUAAGUGACCGUGGGCAGCGCUAUAACAGCAGAAUGGGGAAACAGAAUAGCAAACUGGCCCCCGAAGUGAUGGAGGACCUGGUGAAGAGCACAGAGUUUAAUGAGCAUGAACUCAAGCAGUGGUACAAAGGAUUUCUCAAGGACUGUCCAAGCGGGAGGCUGAAUCUCGAGGAAUUUCAGCAGCUCUACGUGAAGUUCUUCCCGUACGGAGACGCCUCCAAGUUCGCCCAGCACGCCUUCCGAACCUUCGACAAGAACGGAGACGGCACCAUCGAUUUCCGAGAGUUCAUCUGCGCCCUGUCCAUCACCUCCAGGGGCAGCUUUGAGCAGAAGCUGAACUGGGCCUUCAACAUGUACGACCUGGAUGGCGACGGCAAGAUCACCCGCGUGGAGAUGCUGGAGAUCAUUGAGGCUAUCUACAAAAUGGUGGGCACCGUGAUCAUGAUGAAAAUGAAUGAGGAUGGGCUCACACCUGAGCAGCGAGUAGACAAGAUUUUCAGCAAGAUGGAUAAGAACAAAGACGACCAGAUUACACUGGAUGAAUUCAAAGAAGCUGCAAAGAGCGACCCUUCCAUCGUAUUACUUCUGCAGUGCGACAUUCAGAAAUGAGCAGAGAUAACACUAUGGACUGCACAAAAGUCUCAAUGUUCCAUUCAGUCUGCAGCUAUUAACACACACACACACACACACACACACACACAAAUAUUGCUUGGACUACCUAUAAAUGGACUUGCUUCUUGUGUUUGAAACACUUGUGUGCAUGAGAAUGUCAUUUGCUAAUGAAUUUUAAAAGCAUAUAUUAUAAAACAAACAACCUGCCACAAUGUGAUAUGUGUGAUAUCAUUUCAUUAAAAAAAAAAAAAAACUUCCUCCUCCAAAGCCUGGGCAGAAUUGUGCUGCAAAGAGUUGUAUGAUUUCUUGUUCAUGUUUUGCUAAUGCUCGUGUCUCCUUGAUUACAUAAUGUUAGUAGCACAGAAACCCUCACGGUAAUGUAACUGAAUUAUAAGCUGUGUCACCAUUCUCCUGUAAAAUAGUACUGGACAGGCACACAGAGGGGCCCUUGACUCCUCUGUGUGGUCCACACACAAGAGCUUGUAUUAUCAGUGAAUAUAAAUGUACGAAAUUUGCAUGCCGUUUAGGUUUGCCUUAAUUCUUACCUCAUUUGCAUCCUAUCAAUCUGGAAAGAGCUGUGUUGGAAUUAAUGCAGUAUAAAACUUAA